AUGAGUCGACCGGAGUACGAGGCAUCAGCUGACGUUUUCUACAACGCGCUCGAGGCAAAAAAAUAUGCCCGAAGUUCGCGCAUGCAGGCGAUUCAAACGCAACUAACAGACCGCGCUCUUGAACUACUGCUCCUCCCCGCAGCGGCUGAGGGAAAUGGGGCGACGCAACCGUCCCUUCUUCUGGACCUCGGAUUUGGUAGCGGCAUCAGUGGAGCCCGUCUGGCGGAGAAAGGCCACUUUGUCGUGGGGGUGGAUAUCUCCAAGUGCAUGCUCGAUGAGGCAGUCGAUGCAGGCAACACUGAGGAGGGCGCCGACGCAAUUUUGGCCGAUCUCGGAAGCCCUCUCCGCUUCAGACCAGGCGUUUUUGAUGGGGCGAUCAGUAUCUCUGCUCUUCAGUGGCUCUGCAGCGCCAUCCGGAGUCAGAGCCACGUUGCCAGUGAGGAGGCUGCCGCCGGUCCCAGUGACGAAGAUGACGAGGACAUGGAUAGCUGCGAAGAGAACGAAGGAAGCAAGAGACGGCCUUCUUCCCGGAGUCGAGGGGGACCAUCGGGUCCUGCCCCAAUGAGCGAUGACGCGUCUGUGUCGUCUGACGAAGAGAUGCCUGCGGAAGAGGAUCCGUCUUCUGCAACCUCUUCGUGCACUCUUCUUUCGUCUUCUCAAAUCGGCGAUGCGAAAGCAAAUGCGCCUUACAAGCGUCUACGGUGUCUCUUUCAGUGGUUGUUUGCGAGUUUGAAGACGGGUGGUCGAGCGGUUCUCCAGUUUUACCCCGAUUCACCUCAGCAGGUCGAGAUGGUCACCUCAGCGGCACUGAGGAGCGGCUUUGGCGGAGGGGUUGUCGUGGAUUAUCCCAACUCAACGAAAGCGAAGAAGUAUUUCCUGGUCUUAUGGGUAGGUGGAAGCCGCGUGCCCGGCCAGCAACAACAGCUUCAGGCAGCAGCCUUGGGAACAGAUGAACCAAGACAGAUCGAAGCUGCGCGGAGAGAGAGACAGAAGCAGCCUCGGCGAGGGAAGAGUAGCAAAGCCACCGUUAGUCGCCGUGAAUGGAUCGAGAAGAAGAAGGAGCGACAGCGUCUCCAGGUACGUUCCCCUCUGUGA